GAUUAGGUUGGACGGAUAUUUGCAGAAGUGGGUUGAAAUGACGAACACACAGAAGGCAUAUGAUGAUCUGAAAGAUUUAAUGGUAAGGGACCAGUUCCUGCACUGCUGUGGAAAGGAACUGGCGUUGUUUCUCAGGGAACGCGUUCCAAAAUCAAUGCAAGAGAUGGCGAGAUUGGCAGAUCAGUUUGCCGAGGCCAGAGGAGCGAAGACUAACGCGAUGAUGGCGCGACCGUCGAAAUCUGGUGACAAGCAACACAACGCUAACUCUUCUGACUACAAGACCAGUGAUAAGAAAGAGAACUCUGCUGCGAAGGGUCCAAUGUGUUUUAAAUGCUUCCAAUCAGGACACAAAUCCUUCGAAUGCCCUAACAAGAAGUCGGGAAACCGGGUAGCUGGAAUGACAGAAACUGUAGAGACAGAAGGCAAGAUACAGACAACAGAUUACAGAACCGUGGUGAAUACAGGACAUGCUUCUGUAGCUGGAAAGGCUAAAGGAAAGCGCAAGAACCAAAGAAGGAAACAUUAUGGUGGUUCGUCGUGUGUUGUCAGCACAAACACCCCGGCGCUUAGCGAGUCUUGCAACGCUGAUUUAUCCGUAGCGACGAGUAUGCCUGUUGUAAGGGGAUGCAUUGGAGAACGCUUCGUGACUGUCUUACGAGAUAGUGGCUGUAGUGGAGUUGUGGUAAGGAGGAGUUUGGUGAAGUCUUCGCAAAUGACGGAAAGGAAUCAGUUGUGUUCUCUAGCAGAUGGAUCCCGUAUACAAGUUCCCAUCGCGGAAGUGGAAAUUGAUACACCAUAUCUUACUGGAUCAGUAAAAGCCUGGGUACUUGACACUCCUCUAUAUGAUGUGAUUAUUGGAAAUGUGGAUGGAGCCAGGCCACCUGAUCGCCCAGAUGGGAGUUGGAAACGGAUCGAGGAUACUAUACAAGCUGUGGAGACGAGGGCUCAGCGUCAAAUGAGAGAUCAAGGUUGUAAACCCUUGAAGGUACCUCAGAGGUUAAAAGACCUUGGUGAUGUAGAAAACCUGAAGAAAGAGCAACAGGAAGAUGAGUCAUUGAGCAAAGUUCGGAAGCUGGCUGAAGAUGGGAACAUUGUAGAAAGGAACGACGGUGGUAAGUCAGUGGUGUACUAUCACAAGGGUUUGCUGUACAGGAAAUUCCACAGUCCUAAGGUGUCGAAUGGCAAGACCUUCCGUCAGUUGGUGGUACCUCGCAAGUUUCGUCCGGCUGUACUCAAACUAGCGCAUGAUUCUAUUAUGGCAGGACAUCAAGGAGGGAAGCGAACUGCUAGCCGUGCCUUGACAGAGUUCUUUUGGCCGGGAUUGCAAUCUGAUGUAGUUCGUUACUGCAGGUCAUGUGAUGUGUGUCAGAGGACAGUACCAAAAGGGAGGAUUACAAAAGCACCUUUAGGAUCAAUGCCUUUAAUUGACACCCCAUUUAAGAGGAUUGCCGUAGACUUGGUAGGACCAUUGCAACCAGCAACAGACAGAGGAAAUCGCUUCAUCCUCACCGUUGUGGACUACGCAACGCGAUACCCGGAAGCGGUAGCCCUCAGGGGAAUAGAAACUGAGAGAGUGGCAGAAGCCUUGGUCGACAUCUUUAGUAGAGUUGGUGUGCCAUCGGAGAUGUUAACCGAUCAAGGAGCGCAAUUUACAUCCGGGAUGAUGAGGGAGGUCAGCCGUCUUUUGUCCAUUCGUCGCCUUACUACGACCCCGUACCACCCAAUGUGUAAUGGGCUAGUAGAAAGGUUCAACGGAACACUCAAACAGAUGUUGCGCCGUAUGUGUUCCGAGAGGCCAAAAGAUUGGGACAAGUAUUUGAAUGCCUUGCUUUUCGCCUACAGGGAAGUACCCCAAGAGAGUUUAGGUUUCUCACCGUUUGAACUGCUCUAUGGGAGAACGAUCAGAGGUCCGAUGAUGAUUCUGAAAGAACUAUGGACGAAGGAAGUACCAGAUAACGAAGUUAAAACCACUUAUCAGUAUGUAAUGGACCUACGGGAGAGAUUAGAUGAGACUUGCGAAUUGGCAAAAGAACAACUAAGAACAGCAAGGGUGAGCCAACGGAAAUACUACAACAAAAAGGCCAAGGACCGACAACUCGAUGUAAACGACAAGGUGCUUAUACUACUGCCAACUAAGACCAAUAAGCUGCUGAUGCAGUGGAGGGGUCCAUACAUUGUGACAGCGAAACGGGGACCGAUGGACUAUGAAGUAGACAUCGGAGGCAAGAAAAAAACAUUGCACGUCAAUAUGUUGAAGAAGUACUUUGAGAAAGACGUGGAAGCAGCAGGAAAUAUUGGAAGAAUCUUUUGUUGUGUAACUGCGGCUGUAGUGCACGAGGAUGAGUUAGAACCAGAAUGCCAUCGGGAAUUGGAGUCAUUUCCAGUGCGGGCAGGAAAAGAAGGAAUUGAGGAUGUCAAUGUAUCUGAGCAUCUCACCACUGAACAGAGGAAGGAUGUCAAUAAUCUUCUAUCUGAGUUCAAGGACGUUAUGACGGAUAAACCUGGAAGAACCAACCUUGCAAGUCAUGAUAUCAUCACAACGACAGACGAUCCAGUGAGGGUCAGGCCUUACCCACUUCCUUUUAACACGAAGAGUAUAAUCAAGGAAGAAGUGGAAAGUAUGCUUGAGAUGGAUGUAAUAGAACCGUCCAUGUCCCCAUAUUCUGCGCCAGUCGUUAUGGUCAAAAAAAAGGAUGGGAGUAAUAGGUUUUGUAUAGAUUUCAGGAGCUUGAAUAAG